CAAAAGCUAAGCCUCAGUCAUAGAUGAAUAGCAUGAAAGAAGUGUUCUCAGUUUAGAACAGGAAGCUAACCAGUUUAGUUUACUUUCGAUAUCCUACUCACAAAAAAGGAUUAGAGAACACUGGAUGACAUAAAGUACAGUGGGAUCAUUAGUUACAGAGGUAAGAAAUUAUAUUUGGAGAAAGGGUAUAUAUUGAGAAAACUCCUAGAAAGGUCUUUCCUAAUUACCCUAUAGGUGUUGUUGCCAGCCACAGAUCUCAGCCACCUUUAUUACAGAUAUCUCUUUUAUGGUCUUUAUAGUUCCUAUUAUCCAAUCCCCCCACACACUUUUUUGGCGUGCUUACUAUCUGUCACCCCAUAGCAUAUAAACUACAUGAGGGAUCCUAUCAGUCCUAUUUAGAUGUAUCUAUAGUGCCUGGCAAAAUGCCAAGCAUAUCAUGAUGUUGAUGAAAUUUGCUGAAUUAAUGAAAAAUGAGCCAACUUAAUUAUAUUAUAUUCUCUCUGUAUUCAUUAAUUGCACUUCCAUUCCUUCAAUUUUUUGAUGUUUGCAUAUAAGCAUAAUGAAGAAAAUCAAUAGGAAGUCGACCAAUGAGCAAGAUGCACUCUGCGCCCCACAACCUUGCAGUCCAGGAGAUCUUCAAAAUAUGUUGGAUGGAGGAGAAUAUGCCCCUUUUGUGUCUCCUCCCAUGUUAGAGAGCAAUUUUAUACAGGUCAACAGAAGAGGUGAAUCCAUUUACCUCCAUAAUCGAGCCAACUGGGUGACUGUAGGCAUCUGUUCUUCCAGUUCCACCCAGAAGACUCCCAAUGUGAUGCUGCUAGCACAUCUGACACCUGCUGCUAAAAAACGUUCAGAAUCCCUGUUUGAAAGUCUCCUGACAUCCCCUUCUACAGGGAAGCUGGUGCUUACAAGGUUUCUCCCUCUGCAGUUUGUUACUCUUUCUGUGCAUGAUGCUAAGAACUUGCGCCUCAGAUUAAAGCUGGUGAGUGGCCGAGCCUACUACUUACAGCUCUGUGCUCCUCCAUAUAAACAGGAAGCCUUAUUUUCUCAGUGGAUGGACCUCAUCUCCCUCUUGAAUCAUGAGAAAAUCAAAGUUCUCAAAGCAUCAGAGGUCUCAAGCUUUUCAGAAAUCACAAACAGCACAGAUAUCACAGGCUCCGUGGACAUCAUGGACAUUACAGAGUUUUCAACUAUACAGAACCCACAUCCAUACACAUGGACCAAAGGCAUUCAUGUCAUGGACAGCAUAGAUUUCUCGGAACUUGAAGAUGUCACCGACGUCACAGAUGUGACAGAUGUUCCAGAAAAUGAGGUCCCAGAGGUUCCAGAUGUAAAUAUCGUCACAGAAAUCACAGAAGUUGUAGAGGCCACAGAAGACACACAUAGCUCUGAUGCCUCAAACUUCUCAGGAGUCACUGUGGUGUUUGAAAAUGAUGACAUAAUAAGAGCCAAACAAGAGGAAAAGGAAAAAGUGGAAAGCACUAUGAAGCCUGGAUGUCUACGAGAUACAAAAAGUAAGAGUGAAUUCAAAGAAUCCUCAAAACGUGUCACCAUCUCAGACAUAACACUUACUUUCCAAGGUGAAAGGUGUUUUCAUACUACUUUGAGUGCAGCAAGAAGUGAGGCAAACAUAUCAAAAGAAAUGAGUGACAAAACCUCUGAAGAAAAGACAACUGAUUUAAAAAACACAGCUCUCAAGGCAGUAGACUCCAGGAGCAUGAGAACUCAUUCACAUCCUUCAGGCUUGUAUAGUUUUUCAGUUUUCCCCCUGAUUAGUAUUUCUUUCCCCCUUUUCACCCUCCUCUUAUUCAUUUUUCCCCAUUCAUACACUCUUACCCUUAACACUACUUUAUUUCCUGCAAAAGCCAAAUCUUAAUAUUUUUUUCCAUUAAAUUUAGUCUAAGUGUAGACUAAAAAUGAG